AUGAUUGUUCAAAGUCUUUCGAAAACUGAUGGCAACUGGAAAGAGUCGUUCAGUUUCUACGAUGCUCAGAGCGUAGGGAGAGGGUCCUCGGGAUCCGUUCUCGCAAUCAACCAGGAUUUGGUGAUCAAGAUUUUCUCGGAGGAUGAAGAGGGGCAACUUGAUUUCGACCGAGAACGAGAGAUUUAUCACGAAUUGCAAAGAGACGGAGGAUCACGAUAUAUCGUGAAGUUUCUGGAAGUUUGGGAAGAUGGUUUGGUGUUGGAACGUCUCAAAAGUUCCCUUCGAUUUCGUCUCCGGGAGAAGUCUCUACCGAAGUUUACUGUUCGUAUGCGGUGGCUUGUGCAAGCCUGUAAGGCACUCGGAUUCUUACAUUCUAGAAACAUUAUGCAUGGGGAUGUUGGAUGCCAUAAUCUAUUGGUGGAUAAGAAAGGCCACCUCAAACUCUGCGACUUCGCGGGAUCUAAGAGGGCAGGCGAGACCGCACGAAUUUGCUACGAAAUUCGAGGUCAACAUCCUGACUAUCGAAUUGGCCAACCUACGGCAAAAACGGAGAUAUUUGCUCUUGGGUCAACUAUAUUCGAGAUCUAUACUUCGCAGCCCCCAUAUGCGGAGAAGAUAGAUGCCUUAGUACGGAGGAGUUUUCAAGAAAGAGAAUUUCCUCUGUUGCAGGUUGGCUGUCCUGCCAUACGUGCUAUCAUUGAGAAAUGCUGGAUGGAUGAUUACGACAAAGUUUCUGACGUUUGUGCCGAUAUCCUGGCAGCCCAGAGAGCCCACCUCCUCUCAAAUCGGGAAUGA